CGUCGCCCUCUGGCUCUGGGAUAGGCAGGCACAGGAAGGGUAUAGAGGAGAGGAGGGUCGUCGCCUGGUGGCCGCUCUGUUCGUCCCUCCCGCUCCGGUUCUCGCCGUCACAUGUCCGUGCGGCGCGGGGGGAGUUCUGAUCCGGAUGGUGCAGCGCCACGGACAUGAUUGAUCACGAACGCGCAGAGGAAAUGCAAGUCAAUAAUGAGGCACCUCCAGGGUGCCUCAAGCCGAAUAUUUCUCCCUAUAACCCUCAAGAUCACAGAGGUGCCAUUGAAGGGUUCCCUGAGAGCGAUGAGAAAAAGAAUGAUAGUAUUGCAGUAGAUAAAGUCUGGGAGCCUUCUCCACUCCCAAAUCAAGGAUUUGGCAGACCCUACUACCGCCAGGAGUUUUAUGCCUGGCCACAUUUGUAUUCUGAUUACCAAAUGCUGCGGCAGCCACAACCGUAUGGGUUUGAGAACCAGUUUUAUCAGAUUAAUAGGGACCACAGUUUUCCCAUUGAGAAAAGAGUUCAGUUCCCAUUCAAGAUGUUCCCUCAAGGUUAUCCUCAUGACGCACAACUUCAGGAAUUUCAGUAUUUUGUGGUUAUCGACUUUGAAGCAACCUGUGACAAGGAGAACAAUCCGCAACCACAAGAGAUCAUUGAGUUCCCAUCUGUCUUGGUUAACAGUGCAACUGGACAAUUGGAAGCUUCCUUUCAAACAUACGUUCGGCCAGCAUAUCAUCAAAGUUUGACCGAGUUCUGCAAGGAGCUUACUGGUAUACAACAGAUUCAGGUGGACAGAGGUGUACCGCUAAGUGAAGCUUUGCUCAUGCAUGAUAAAUGGUUAGAGGACAAAGGAAUUAAGCACAAGAACUUUGCUGUUGUCACCUGGUCUAACUGGGAUUGCCGCGUGAUGCUGGAAUCAGAGUGCAGGCUCAAGAGAAUCAGGAAGCCCCCCUAUUUCAACAGGUGGAUCAACUUGAAGGUCCCUUUCCAGGAAGUGUAUGGGGGUGUGAGGUGCAACUUGAAGGAUGCAGUUCAGUUAGCUGGCCUCACGUGGGAGGGUCGUGCCCACUGUGGGCUUGACGAUGCGCGCAAUACUGCUCGCCUCCUUGCGCUGCUUAUGCACCGGGGCUUCAAGUUCUCCAUCACGAACUCACUUGUGUGGCAACCAGCCCCACAGUCAAUAACGUGCCAUCCAUCCCCUGACCGUUCUCCAGAUCCCACCCUAUUGCAGCACAAGGCAAAGGAGAUGCUGGGACCUCAUGUCCAGGUUAAUAAUAAUCCAUAUGCUGGCAACACCGCAGGAAAGGAGAGGCCAAUGUACUGCUACUGCGGAGUGCUGAGUAGGUGGAACAUUGUACGCAAACCGGGUCCCAUGCAGGGGCGGUAUUUCUAUGGAUGCGGCAACUGGACCGUGGCAAGGAGGGCCAUAUGCCCGUACUUUGCGUGGGCGUCGUGAAUAAUAACGACGCCCUGCCCCCAGCGAGGGCAAAGAGGCCUGGUGCUUUUAACUAGGGGAGGCUACUAGUCGCGGUUGCUGGGCCUCGCCGCGCCUCCCCCAUGGUACAUAUAUGAUGAUAUAUGACUUUGCUCAUAAGACAAUGGGAGUUGACUAGGUAGUGUCUAACCUGUCAUACUGACUUCUGUUGAUAGAAGAGAGUGGGGAUCAGAUGCUGCUUAGGAUGCUUUUUAUCUGCGAAUAAGUCUGUGGACUGGUUUUUAACUUGAAUGGAACUUUAGUAGGUGUGCUUUGUGCAACUAGAUCAUCGAAGUGUGGCUUGCGUGUGUGCUGAAAGAACAAGUAUACACAUGGAACAUGAAUCGUAUCUGAAGAUUGAAAUAGCAGUAAUCCAGUUUGUGCUAGCGUUAUCCUUA